CUUGGUGUUUACACUCAGGAAGAGGUGCGUCACAGCUGAAGCCCCGCCCCUUCCUGAGUACAGUCACAUAGGGUGAGGAGACUCAGCAGUGAAGCAGCGGAACACAAAUCUCCUCUCCAAACGACGGUCUUAAAUCAUGGCGGCCUCCUUCCUCCUGCUCCUGACCUCUGUUGGCCUUUUCCUUUCAGCUCAAGCUCAGGACUGCUCCAGCCCUGUGGGAGGAGACAACAUGGGGCUGAAGGGGAACGACAUACUUUUACAAUCUUUCCCCGACGGGACAAAAGUUACGUUUGCUUGUGAUGUUGGCUACGUUACUGCUGGAGGAUCUGCAUCCAUCACCUGCACUGCGGGAGACUGGAGCUCUUUGAGGAUGACGUGUAAAAGGAAGCAAUGUGGCGCUUUUGAAGACGUGCCAAAUGGAAACGUGGAUUAUUCUCAAGGGAAUGAGUUCGGAGACAAACUGACGGUCACCUGCAAACCUGGUUACAAUUUGGUUGGAAAUCCGAAUAUCCUUUGUGGCAACGAGGGCUGGAUGGGCCGGCCGCCUGUGUGUGAAGUGAUGUACUGUCAUCCUCCGAAGACUCCGACCAUCGGCAGCUUCUAUCCGGUCAAAGAGGAGUAUGAAUACAGAGAGGUGAUCGUGUUCUCCUGUCCUGACACUUUCACCCUGAACGGAUCGAAGUCUCUGUCCUGCUCAGAGUCCGGGGUCUUUUCGCCGGCCGUCCCGGAGUGUGUCCAGAUAGAUUGUAAGGAGCCAGUUGUUGAGUUCGGUCAUUGGGAUUCGGGGUCGCGGGGCCCCUACACUUACAAGGCUACCGUCACGUUCAAGUGCGACAAGGGGUACAGGAUGACAAAUUCUGCCACCAUAAUCUGUGGGAUCAACGAACUGUGGGAGCCUGCACUCCCAAAAUGUGAAGCGGUACCAGCAGAUACAACCACCACCACUAAAAGUCCUGAAUCCACCACGAAGCCCACAGCGGUACCAGCAGAUAAAACCACCACCACUAAAAGUCCUGAAUCCACCACGAAGCCCACAGCAGCUCCUGACCCAAACGGUGGAAAGAGGUUGUACACGGGGCUCGGUGUUGCUUUUGCAGCAAUCGCCUUAGUUGCCAUCGCUGGCGGUUUAUGGCGGUGUGGAUUCCUGAAAAGGCUCAUGAAAAAGACCGGCUCUGGGAGGGGCGACGCUUGCGCUGUUCCAACAGAAGAGGACGAGGUAGCGCUUGG